UAAUCGUUUCGAAUCGAAUCCAAAGUGGAUCCUCUUAGAAAUGGUGGAUACCUACUAUAAAUGGCGCAACUUUCCAUCGAUAGACUGCCAAUUUCUCGACAGGCGUUUUUCGAACAACGUCCUGCAGACCAAUUUGAAAUGAACAAAUCUUUUGCGAUCUUGUUGGUCUGCGGUUGGUGUUUGGCGGGACCGGGGGCUCUGGCAGUGCCGGUCCAACCGGAAACCGACCCCGAGUUGUCGAGCGGGAACUUCGAGGGAGAUUUGGUGCUCGACGCGUUCCAAAAGUUGGCCAUCGUUCGCGGUUACGAUCAACGAAACGGACUUCUGAGUGAACAGUACCGUUGGCCCAACAAAACCGUGUACUACAAGAUCGACACCACCAACUUCACUGCGAAAAAUACCGAGCUUAUCAAGGAAGCCAUGGCAGCUAUAGCCCGGUCAUCUUGUUUGAACUUCACCGAGGCCAGUGAGAAAGCUACAGCCUACAUUCACGUGGUUGGUGAGACAUCAGGUUGUUAUUCGUCGGUUGGCUACAUGGGUCGAGUCCAGAAGCUAAAUCUAGCUCCUGGAUGCCUUCAGUUGGGAACGAUCAUGCAUGAGUUCCUCCAUGCGAUUGGAUUCUAUCACAUGCAGAGUGCCAGCGAUCGGGAUAAUUUUGUCAAAAUAAUUUGGAAAAAAAUUAAAUCAGGAAAGGAACACAACUUCAAAAAACAUGGCGCUGGUACGGUGGGCCAUUUCAACGGAACCUACGACUAUGGCAGUCUUAUGCACUAUUCUGCUACAGCCUUCAGCAUCGACGGGAACAAAACGAUUGUGCCGAAACAGAAAGGUGUGGAAAUCGGCCAGCGUAAAGGCUUAAGCCCUAGUGAUGUUGCUAAAUUGAGAAGGAUGUACAAGUGUGAUUAAAAGGAAAAUGAGGAAUGAAAUAAAACAAAUUUUCGACCCAAA